AUGGCUACUGUCAGCAACACCAGGGGCAGGGGUGGGCGAGGUGGGGGAGGCGGUGGUGGCGGUGGUAGGGGUGGAGGCGAAGCUGGCGGUCAGCGCCGCGGAUCUUGGAGGGGCGGGCCACCCGGAUCGGGCGGGUACAACGCUGCAGCGAGGGGCGGAAGUCCGGUGGGGAGUGGGAAUGGGAGCGGUGGAGGGAGUCCGAGGGUGUCUAUCAACGACCAUAUGAGCGACAUGAAGAAGGUCCAGGUCGAGAAGCCCGCAGUCAACAAGAUCUUCCAGACCGACACCGAAAUCUCCGGGCCUACUCGUGCCUCUCCCGGUCCCCGAGAGCUCCAACCUUGGUCCGGCCCCGACGCGAACGCCGCGCCUACCAAUGGCAGCUCCGCCACCAACGGCGCUCGAGCCGGUAAAGACAGCGAGACCUUCGGCGCCGAAGCUGGUAAAUGGGACCAGUUCGAGACGAAUGCUCGGCUCUUCGGUACCACGACCAGCUAUAGGGAGGAGAUCUACACGACCAAGCUGAACAAGUCUGGAUCGGAUUUCAGGCAGAGGGAGAAGGAGGCGGAUCGGCUCGCAAGUGAAAUAAUGGGCCAAUCGUCUGGCAAUGUUCACGUCAUGGAUGAGAGGGGCGCCAAGUUUGACUGGGCCAAGGACGACGAGGAGAUGUACUCUGGCGUCCAACGUGAUCAGCCGACCCAGCCGGCUCCCGCUCCCCCUGCAGCGCCAAGAGGCCCGAACGCCUACGUCCCGCCUGCUGCUCGAAAGUCGCAAGGCGGACCCGGAGCUGGCGGCUACGCAGCUGCCGCAGGAGGCAAGGGCGCCAACGGUCCCAAAGCCAACGGAAACGGCAGCGGAACUGCAUCCCCUGCUCUCGGCGCUAGUGGCAACAAGGCUCAGCCGGCAUCCAAGUCGCCUGCGCCGGGUGCGACUGCUAAGGGCCCAACUCCGGCGGCUACGGCUGCUCCGGCGGUCGAGAAGGCUGAGAAGGCAGAGAAGGCUGUCAAGGCGGAUGGCGCACAGACACCAGCUGUAGAUGGUGCGAAGACUGCUGUUGUCGACAGCGCGAAGGAUGCGGUGGCUGCCAAGACAUCUACUUCGCACUUGCCCCCUACUUCGGCUGCGAUGACUUCGCCUCCUGCACCUGGUGCUUCAGCCGACUCCAAGGAUGGUCUCGACAAUGUCGUCGGCGCGUAUCGCCAGUUCGUCGAUAGCGAGCGCGAGAAGGUCGAGGCGAAGAAGCAGUCGAUGGCCAAGACGGAGCGGGAGAAGCAAGUUGCCGAGCUCAAGAAGUUCCAAGCUAGCUUCAAGGUCCCACUCCCUAUCCCGAAAGACAUCCUCCCCAUCCUGUCCAAGGACGAAGAGAAGCAAAAGUCCAUCGAAGCCAACGCCCAAUCCUCCCUCCAAGCGGCCAAAGCCGAGCAGGCCCGCAAGCUCUCCGACUCCAAGUCCCCCGCUGCCGCCGCGGACGCGACCGCCACUCUCAAAGGCCCCGAGACCGCCCGAGCCGUCUCCAAGCCUCUGGGCAAAAAGAUCCCCAUGCACAUCCCCGAGAUCCCUGCAUUCCGAAAACCAUCCAUGUCUGGCGUGACCGCUCCCACUCUGUCGAUCACCGAGUCGGCCAAGGCGGAUAUUCCGGGGUUGGGGAUGACGAGCCCUGCGCUCAGUACGACGGCGAGCCAGAGUGCGGAGCAGCAGGCUCAGGCCAAGUUGAAUCCCAAGGCGGCGGCGUUCGUGUUCAAGCCGACGGCGGCGGCGUUCAAGCCGGGUGGGGGUAGUCCUGCCGCCAGGCCGUUUGCGGUGUCUGCUGCGGCGGGUCCCUCUGUGCCCAAGAAUGCGUUCUUUGGGGAUCAAGUCCCCGGGAAAGUUACGGUCGACCUCCGGUCUGACUUCAACCCGUUCAGGCACAGUCAAGUCCACCAUGCUAGCCAUAUCCCGCCGAAUUGGCCAUACACUGGUCGACCGGUCCAAAUGGCGUUCCUCCCUCCCGCUCCACCUAUGGGCUUCGGGAUGGACGAGGACCAAAUGGGAUUGACCUCCCCGCAGUUCCGCCAACCUCAGCUUAUGCCGGUGCAAGGACCGGGAGGUCAGUGGUAUCAGCCGAACCGAUUUGGACAGCAGCCCGGUAUGCCUCCCCAGGGCCAGGCUCAAGGUCAAGGCCCGCCCGGUAUGCCCCCCAACGGCAUGUUCUCCCCUGGACCGGGAUACGCGCCAUUACCCGGCGGGCCGAACGGGCCCAAUGGGGUCGGAGGGAUGCCGGCGCAUAUGCUCAAUGGGCAUGGACCGCCUCAUCUCCCUCAUCAGCCACAGCACCCAAAUCACCAGAAUCACCAAAAUCACCCUCAUCCUCAACACCCUCAGCAUGGUCCCCAGCACCCAAAUCACCCAAAUCACCCGAAUCACCCGCAACAUCUCACUCAGCAGCAAUUGCAUUUGCAGCAACAGCAGCAGCAGCAGGGAGGACCAGGACAGGGACAAGGGCAGGGACAAGGACAGGGACCAGGGCAAGGACCGGGUCAUCAUCCGCAACACCAGCAGCACCCAGGAAUGCCGAUGUACUUCCAUAAUGGCCCGCCAAACCCCCAGUUCCUUCCUCAGCAUCUACAAGCUCAGUUUGGGCCGAACGGGGGUGGAGGGCCUAAUGGGAUGCCGCAUUCGCCGCAGCGCGUUCCGGUUCCGGGGGGUCAGCCAGGACAAGGUCCGCCAGGGCAAGGUCCGGGAGGACCGGGAGGACCGGGCGGACCAGGCGGACCAGGUGGGCCAGGACAGGGGCAGGGGAUGUUUUAUGGUGGAACGCCACAUCAGACUCCGCAAAUAGUGCAGCACAAUCUCCCAUUCCCACCGCCUCAUCCACCAGGGUCGGGCGGGCCGCCCAAUCAGGCGCAGUUCCAGCCUGGUCAAGGCGGACCAGGUGGCCCAGGUGGACCUGGGGGGCCAGGACCAAGUCCGAUGAUCCCGCCUCAGGGUCAGAUGGCUAUGCCUCCUCAGGUGACGGGCGGGUAUGAUCAGCAGCCGGGUGGGCCGGGCGGGCCAGGGGUAACGAAUGGGUCGGGAUGA